AUGUCUUCCCCAACGUUCGGCUGUACAGAUAUACCUAUAGUUAUCAGAUGGGGCAAAUCUGAACCAUUUAACUAUAUUGGUACACCAGCUCAACAACUUCGAAUGAAUGUGGACCUUGGUACACAGGAUAACCCCAAGUUACUCUUUUGGUUCAGUGUAACAGUUGGGGUCACAGUGAGCCCUGGAUCUGCUACGAUACGUAAAAAGCCGCUCUACUUUGUUCUCCAAGCUAGUUUGUUUGGGGAGGCCGGAGGUAUCACCUUGGCAGCAUCACCAUAUAAGGUUUCUUCCAAGACUCGUACUGCUAUGCAAAAGGCUGGUAUCUAUAUGGAUGGAACUACUGUUUCCCGUAUAUACUUCAAGCUCGAAAACAAUGGCACAGUGUUUAUGCCCCCUAUUGAGAAUCAUUCCUUCACCCCUGCGUCGGACAAUGUUGUAAAACUAUUGGCUGAUCUGCAAUCCCUUUCCCAGGCUAAGAACUUCUGUGUAUAUACAUCAGGUCAAAUAUCGACUAUUACACAACUAUGGGAAAGGAUCCCUCAUAUACAUAGGGGAACCUUUACAGGUGACUUUACAACUCAGAAUGUAUACAGAUCUAAUAUGGUAUGCGACGUAUGGACGAAUUUCAAUCAGUUUGCGAGACAGGGGCAUCCGGCGAAACGUCAAGACCCCCUACUGCAAGAUCCCCAAGAUAGUAAUCUAUCAUCUUCCCAUGUUCUCAACCAAGAUCUUGUGGAUACCGACUACGAUGAAGAAUCGCUCACAGGGCGGAAGCGCAAAUAUGGCAAGAUAUCUUCCAACACUACACCAUUAGAUAUCCUAGGGUCUAAUAAGUCCAAUGUGGAUCAUCGUUCCAAAGUUCGAUUCGCCAAAUCUUGUAACAAUAUCACAGACUACCUUAGAAAGGAAUUAUCUGUCUUUAUAUUUUGGACAGCAGAGAUCAACCCACGGUUACAGGAGGCUUAUGAGCAGGUCUUCUCAGAUCUUGGCGGGGCAGUGUCUAGUGGAAAUAUAACUGAAUUCUACAAAAUAAAGUCGGAGUGCAUGGCGGAUGUUUGUAUAACAUAUGUCAAGAGAGAAUCUGAGGGAGGAUCUGAAUGGGUUUUGAGGAAUACUAUCUGA